AUGCUUCGAAGUCGGGACAUGCUGCUGAAAUGGGCUUUCUUAGACGAAUCGCUGGCCUUAGACGUCUCCACAUGGUCCGGAAUAGUGACAUCCGGAAGAGCCUUGGAAUACAACCUUUCCCUCUCCAGAUUGAGAAGUCACAGCUGCGAUGGCUUGGGCAUGUGUUGCGAAUGCUUCCAGAAAGGAAGGCUAAGCAACUCUUUCUUGCAAAUCCGACCGGCAGAAGGCCCAGGGGACGGCCAAAAUUGA